ACGAUACAACAACGCGAUUUACUUAAUACACGACCUCGCUUUAUUUUCUCUCUCCCGCUGGUUCUGGAAUUAUAAUUUUCUCCUGUCGGAGACUGGAUUCAAAACAUGUUUCGCUCAACGCACGACUUAACAAUGCCAGGCCACCUGGACGACAAAUUGGUCGACAGUGGGCGGUACGACGCUCUCAGGAAUACACACAACCACGACCAGGACGAUAACCAUUCCGAGUCGAGCAGUACCGAAGUUGAUGAGGAAUGGGGGGACAACGAGGAAGAAGCCGGAUCAGACUCUCGACUCAACUGCCCGUCAAAAAAGAGCAGGGAAUGGAGAAGGAGAAGAGGGAGUGUCUGGGCGAAGAUUCAAAAGUAUAGAUGGGUGGUCGACACAGCGCUCCUGCUCGUCAUUGUUGGGCUUCUACUCGAGAAGAGGUGGUCCCAUCGACGGGCGCAUAGAUAUGAGUUCGCGGGGGAUGUGACCGGAUUUGCACCGAAGUUCUCCCAGCAAAUCAAGACAUUCAAACCGGAUCCGAUAUUCGUGCCAGAGAACGCAUCGGAGUUCUGGAGCUCGGAGACGCAGCAGGCAUGGCUCGAUAUUGUUCCUAGUACGUCCAUCCAUUCACCCACCCCCUCUCGAAUGAAUACAUCGAGAUGCCGAAAAAGAUGAAGAAGAAGAAAUACACUAACAUACCAUUCUUCUCUCCAAACAGAAGCUCUAGGCUACGUCCGGAUCAACAACACCAAAGACCACGACAACCUCCCCUCCCC